UAUCUAUCUAAAAGUUGUUCAAUACACUCGUCUUAGAUUCAAACUCCUCACUAACACCCGAGUACAACACAGAAACACACCUGCGAGAAGCGCUGCUUGCAGAUAAUAAACCACGAAGCCAGUUAUUCAAGGCUCGAUACAAUGCCGGUUAAGAACCCCGGAACAACUCCAGAUAGUGAUCCAAAGUGCAUACAUGUUGGCUUUCAUAGAAUGGUAGAAACAACGAAAGAAAUGGUCGCGUUGUUGUUUGUUUCUCUUCGUUUGAAAUGUCGGAGGAGAAUUAUGGAGGAAGACCUUUUGAAAUGUCGAGCCGGAUCGGAACCAUCUGGCACCGAACGUGUCUCACUUACAUCGGCGAGAAAAGGCCGCAUGUUGCUGCGAAUGGAUAGCAGAGGCACACGUUUGAUUGCCCCGCCACAUUUCCGCGCCUCCGAUCGCAAAUUUGCGCAUUGUUCAUUGUAAGAUUCCAAAUUAACGCCAAGGAUUUCCACUGCUCUUGCUCCAGGUACCGCUUCGAAGCAUUUUUCAUGAAAGUUCUUGGCACGCCAAAGCUCCGAAAGCUGCCACACAGAAAGUGCGUGGCGUCAGGGUCUCCCACUUCUGUUUUCAGUUACGGUGCACUGCCUGGUGAAUUUGGAAUUGAGCGUGUUUUUUUUGUCCAGAGAACGGAGAUUGGUAACUGUUGUGAUCGAGGAAAUUUAUGCUGGCUAUUCUCUCCUGCGCAAGUUGCUUGUCUUUUGCAACCAUUAAACGGGAAGUAAAGUUUGAUUACUCUGGAGCGGUAUGGGAUUGCUGGUAACUUCCUUUGUCUCUAAUUAUUGGUUUAGGGUAUCAGGAAAUGUACAGUCAUCGUAGCUCCAGCUACAGCAGAGGGGUUCAUAUUACAUGAGUUGUCGUGUAAAGCCAUCAUCAUAAUUAUCUUAUUUCACGCGUACAGAGUAAUUGGACUUCCUAGCCUGCAGUCACCUCGAUGCCCUGCUAAUACAGAAUUUGGAAUCUUUGUCAAACUUCACUCUCAUUCCAGACGUUGAACGAUCAGAUGAUUAUUCUGUUAUACAACUGGUAUGCAGCUUGAAUCGGCCCGUUCUUUUGCAAACAAUGUCACUGAGAUAUUCCGCAAGACUGAUUGCAAGCGAUCGAAGUGUCCACGAUGUAAGGGGUCAGGUUUGCAUAUGGAUUUAUUCACUGAGAAAAGCCCUUACUCCAACGAGCCCUGCUGGUUUUGUGAAGGGAUGGGAGUAAUGUCAGUUGCUGGGACCGAUGGCUACAUGCUUGGACGAUCAAAUCCUGUACUGAAUACAAGAUGCUUCGAAAUGCCUGCAAACUUGCAUCUGUAUAAUGGAAAAUAUCCAAGUUCGAAAACUAAAUUAGUAGCAUACAAACCUCCGAAAGAUAUCUUCCAAGAGCUGCAAGUGCCUUUUUACACUCUAGAUUCUCAGCGUAACCUUACUAAAUAUACUGCAUCGAGCGAUACGAGCUUCUCGGAAUCCCUGAAGCCUGACCUCACCGGAUGUGAUGAAUUUACGUCCUGGACAUUUAUAAGGCCGGAGCACUUAAAGAAGCAACAUUAUCACAGAUUUCGUGCUAGAUUGAAUCUCCCAUCAACCGAUUCUAAGGCUGUCGUGGUCACAAGCUCGUUAGAAUCUGAGAGGACUACCACAGCAGUACUUGGCGAAUCCUCAGUGCUUGCGCCACGGAUAAGUGGGAUGACGCAGUUGGAUGAAAGCGAUUGUGUGCCUUGUGAUGCUUCGCUCGAAACCUUUUUGAAAGAGGAUUUUUGGAGUAACACAGGCAAUCUGCAAAUAAAAGAUGUUCAAAAUUCAUACAAUGCUGCUCUUGUUUCUGAGUUUCCCCAGACGAAUAGCUUGUCUACUAGAAGAGCUUCCAGGACGUCUAGGGCAUGGGGAAACGACGAGAAUGCACUGGAAGCUACGGCACCAGCUCGCUUAGACCCAGAUAGUAGAGAUUAUAGAGAAUUUCAAGAAGAAAAAGAAGCAGAGGCUGUGAAGUCGUCCAUCAAGUGGUUGAGUCAACCAAGAUCAUUACGGAAGCCGAGAAAUCGUGUGAGAGAAGAAGCAGAAAUACAGGCCAAGACUAGAGCGGUACGAGCUCUCAUAACUCAAAUUGUGGAGGCUUCAUCUAUCUCUUUGGAUCCUCUCGUAGACAGUCUCUUGAAUGAUCAAAAUGAGGAGGAUGGAUAUGAAGACUUGAUGGGACUGCAAAGUAAGAAGACCAGGUCUCUCUUAAGCUGGCCACUGGUGUCAAGCAACAGACCAGAUCUUUCCUUGAUGAAUACGUUUCUCUGCGAGAAGGCAAAGGAUGCCAUGAUCUACAACUCCAGCUCAACAAAACCAUAAAUUGAUGUUUGGCACAAAUAGACUCUGGGUGCAGUAAUCUCUGCCAACCAACUCAGCACAUUGUUGACAUAAACAUCAGUCAUUGCUACAUAUAGAAAGUAUUUUUAAUAUUAGUGCAUGACUCAUGGAAAGUAGGCCUUGGAGCUAACUAUUGCAGUACUUUACAAGCAGUACAAAAAUGUUCAGGUAUCACACUUUAUUGGUAAUCUUGUUGAUGCAAUGAAGCUUUGAGGUGUAUGUGAGCAUUUCA